AUGGUGAAGAUAACUCUUGGUAGCUUUGAGGACUCUUUUAGCGCUGCCUCUCUGAAGGCCUAUUUUGCAGAGCUUCAUGCCACUCUCAUUUUCGUCUUCGCAGGCGUUGGAUCGGCCAUUGCUUACAACGAGAUUACAAAAGAUGCUGCGUUGGAUCCAACGGGGCUGGUGGCAGUGGCAGUGGCCCACGCAUUCGCAUUAUUUGUAGGUGUGUCGGUGGCAGCCAACAGCUCAGGUGGCCAUUUGAACCCAGCUGUCACACUUGGAUUGGCCAUUGGAGGCAACAUUACCCUUCUAACUGGUUUCUUGUACUGGAUUGCCCAAUUGUUGGGUUCUAUCCUUGCAAGUCUCCUCCUUAAUUUGGUUACUGCCAAGAGCAUUCCAACCCACGGAUUGGCUUCUGGUGUGAACGCUUUCCAAGGAGUAGUGUUUGAGAUUAUCAUCACCUUUGGGUUGGUUUACACAGUGUAUGCAACUGCAGCAGACCCUAAAAAGGGGUCAUUGGGUACCAUUGCACCCAUUGCUAUUGGGUUCAUUGUGGGUGCCAACAUAUUAGCUGCUGGUCCGUUCAGUGGUGGUUCCAUGAACCCAGCUCGCUCAUUCGGUCCAGCUGUGGUUAGUGGAAACUUCGCUGAUAACUGGAUCUACUGGGUUGGUCCCUUGAUUGGAGGAGGUUUGGCUGGUUUCAUCUAUGGAGAUGUUUUCAUUGGUUCUUAUGCCCCAGUCCCAGCCUCUGAAACCUACCCUUAA